CAGAAGCCAGAAGGCAGAGCCACAUUUCAAUCGGUGUCUGUUCCCUGCUUUUAUCUUCCGUUCUGGUGAGUGAAAUCUGCUUCUGUCCUGCAAAGGUAAAGUAGAGUCUGAUAGAAAACACUGAAACUGAGGCAGCAGUCGGAGGAUGCUGUCUGAAUGUGUCUGAAAGUUUGGAGAAGUUUUUUUUUUUUUUGUAGAUCAGGUGCAACCUGUUUCUUCAGUUUGUGAAAAUGUUGCUCAGUUUUUCUUCAAGUGAAGAAAAGUCUCCUGCUCUGGAGUGGAAAUACUGGCGUUAAGAGUCUUCAUUAAUCAAAGUCGUUUUCAAGGACGCAGCAAUGAACAAUCAGACGGGGACUGGGAGGACCAUGGUCCCGACCAUUCCUUCUAUUAUGUUUAUUUUCGGGGUGGUCGGGAAUGUCAUUGCUAUUGUGGUUUUGUGUAAAUCUAGGAAGGAACAAAAAGAAACCACGUUUUACACUCUGGUGUGUGGACUGGCUAUCACAGACCUCCUGGGCACACUGCUGGCCAGUCCGGUCACCAUAGCCAUUUAUGUGAAAGGAUCGUGGCCCGGAGAGGACCCGCUGUGCCAGUACUUUGGAUUCACCAUGCUGUUCUUCUCCCUGGCGGGGCUCAGCAUCAUAUGUGCCAUGUCGGUAGAGAGGUACAUCGCUAUAAACCAUGCCUACUUCUACAAUGACUAUGUGGACCAGAAGUUGGCGGGUUUAACUCUCUUGGGUAUCUACAUCUCCAAUGCGUUUUUCUGCGCCCUGCCGAGCAUGGGCUUUGGGAAGGUGAAGAAACAGUACCCGCAGACGUGGUGUUUUUUGGAGUGGAGGAGCAACGUGACCAGCGAUGCUGUCUUUAAUUACAUGUAUGCGGGUUUUAGCUCUCUUCUUAUCCUCGCCACUGUUAUCUGUAACGUGCUGGUGUGCGUAGCUUUGAUCCGGAUGCACCGGCGCUACGUGCGCAGGAUGUCCCUCGGAACUGAUCUGGGGCGCAACGUGGACCCGCGGAGGAGAGGGCGCAGCUUUGGUCGUCUGGCCGGUGCAGAGAUUCAGAUGGUCAUUCUGCUCAUUUUCACGUCGGCAGUGAUCCUCAUCUGCUCAAUUCCACUUGUUGCACGAGUGUUCUUAAACCAGCUCUAUAAGACUCCAGUGGAGCUAAAAGUGGAGAAAAACCCUGACCUACGUGCCAUACGCUUUGCCUCCUUCAACCCCAUUCUUGACCCUUGGAUCUACAUCCUUCUCCGCAAAGCUGUGCUCCUUAAACUCAUUGAGAAAAUCAAGUGUUUGUUUUGCAAAAUGGGAGCAAGGACACAACAGAGACAGGGAAACUUCCCCUGUAUAGACACUCAUCAGCUCUCCUCCAUCAUCUCUAACAGGGACUCUAAUUCUAUGGUGUCCCGUGACCUGCGGGACAUGACCACCACCUCCCAGAUCUUCCUUUACCUGCCAGAGGGAAGUGAGGUGUACACCGGAAGCUGUCACUUACAGCUUUCAGCCAAAGACUCACAAACAUCUUAUUCAUCUGAGCAGGGCAGCGUUGAAGCUCAGAACAGAGAAGAAACAAAUGUGAUCAGGGACCUUUCAGUUUUGCCCUGCCCAAAAGACAGAGCGCUUCAGGUGUCACUGAGUACAGAGGCAGUGGAGGAGAAAUGCAUUUGACUUAUCUGUUAUUAAAGGAUUACUCUGAUGGACACUAUCUGGGUGAUCUUACUUUUAAACCUCUAAAAAAAAAAGGGACAGGCACAUAAAAAUAAUAAAAUAAGUUGUGAAGGUGGGCACAUGCGAAAUAUUAAAAAGAAACUUGAAGUCUUGUGAGUUUCAGCUUCCCUGUGUUGUCUGUUUCAGCACCCAGCUACCUCAGUAAUGACUGCCUCUGCCUCUGGUUGUGUGACCAGAUUUUUGUCACUUUGCCUUAAACAGAUGUUGUUUUAAUGGAGAUGACCCACUUCUUCAUGACUCGAGUGUCAGUGUUGGAAAAGCUAUCUUUCCUUAUUCACUUACUUACUUUGUAUCACUGUGGAAACCUUUACUGUAAAGUAGCUUAGGACAGUAUUUUAGAAUAAUUGAGUCACAAGCCUGUGAUAAAUAAAAGCAGUGUUUAAUAUGAUCCUUAUGAGUAAUCUGCAGUUGUUAUGCUGAGUAAGGGUCAUUUUUUGGAACAAAUUGUAUUGUGCAGAGCUUUCAAGGACAUAUUGUGGUAGGUUUAUGACUAAUGUACAGUGAUUUCGUGUGGUGAACAGAGAGAUUUUGUUCCUCUACCAUUGAAUACUCUCAAAUAUGCCAAUUUAAGUAAAAAAAAAAAAAAAAAAAAAGACUUUUUUCCACCUUCCACUAAAAGAACAAACAGUCCUGCAUUGUAAGUUAACACAAAUUAAUAGUAGGCAAAUGUUGGCCAUAUUUUCCUUAGCCACAGAAAUUUUUGUGUAAGUCAGCAGAUUGUUUUUGCUUGUUGUGUACUUAAGUACUAAAGUAUUUCAACAGCGGUUUGAGAAAAUUUUAUGUUAGACUAGAAAACACCCGUCCAAGGUAAACUCCUCACAACAGCAUACAAUUUACAGUAUGAAAUGUAUGUAAAUUUGCACAAGAUUUUAUUUUAGAUUCUGGAAAAUAAAAAUAACACAAUUAAUAUUUUAAAACAUAUGUGUAUAAAGUCAUGAUGUGGUACAGUGAUUUUUGGAAAGUCAUUAGCUGUGACCUUGACCUUUGAUCUGUCCAGCUUAAACUUUUUGUGGCACUCAAUCAAGAAAGUGUACACGUAUGUGGUAAAUGCGACUCAGAGUUUUGACUGAGGUGUGAUUUUUUUGCUCCAUUUUGAGUUGAAAUCUUGAAAAUGUUCCUUUGUCAUGACCUUUGACCUAUAAUGAUGAAAAUACAAUCAUCUGUCUAAUCACACACACGAAUUUCAAGAUGAUCUGUCUAAAACUGUGGAGACUAAAGCUAACAGACAAACAAACUACAGUCAAAUCAUAACCUCUUUGGUGGAGGUAAUGACUGUGUGAAAUAUGUACUAUAAAUGUAUUCUUCUCUAAGAGAAGGCUUUAAUCAUUAAAUCACAACUCUGAACGUCCACCUUAUGAACUGUUCAUGCACAAUUAUUAAAUGGAGUUGUAUUUCAUCAAAUUCACUAAUGGUUUUCUUCCAUCACAAGCUAUGAUCACAGGUAUCCAUAAAAACACUCAAAUAUAAACAUCAUUAUGAGUUUGGGGUGAAAGUAUUUAUGCCUGAAAAGUGAUUGCAAUGAUUGUGUAUUAAUUGUUAUUCUUUGUUAAUAUGAGUCAGUAUGUGUGUGCUGAAUUUUUGCAAUGGAUUUUUUAAUGUGGUAUAAUAUUUCUCCUUUGACAGUGCCAAUGUCUUAUCACUACAUGAACUUCUGAACUGCUGUUUGUAUGAGCUUUUCUAACUCUAAUAAGCUUUAUGUCUUAGUCUCAGCAGCUCAGAAACACAUUGUUUGCUUCCCUUUCUUCGUUAUCAAAUCUGGUUGUUGCUGAAUGUCAUGUUCUUGCCAUUAAAUGCUGAAACUCAUGCCCUUCGACACUGUACAGUAAAAUGAUAUUUGGCUCAAAGUA